AAUCGCGCGCCAUUUUUGACAUCUUGGAAAACGCAGAAAAGGCAGUCUCGCGAGAAGUGCUGAAGAAAAUAGGCGAAAAAUCGUGAAAAACAGCUGUGAAGAUCGUCAAAAAGAGUGAAAAUUAACUAUUCUAGAGUUCAUCGACGUCUCUUUGUCAACAUUUUGUUCGUAUAAUCUAUGUACGACACUUGGUAGAUGGAGCACGUGGACGGGAAGAGCUCACUCUCAGGGAGUGAUCACGAAGUCAUGGAGUCAUGGACCUUUGUGGAUGAAUCCAGGAGCACGGGGCAGCAACAGCAGCCGGAAUCAUCAGGGAGUGCAGAUUGUCAGCCCCAGAAUACUGAGACGAAGGCAAGUAAAUAUCAUCUCAGUGUGGAUCAAGACAAUGACACUGAGCUCUCUGAUGGGAUUUCCAUAAUCAGUGACAGUGACUGUGGGGGGCGUCAUACGCCAGAGGAGCCUCCGAGUGAGGCUGAAAAAGAGGUGCACAGGGAGACGAAAGAUCGCUCCACUGAGGCUCCAUUUGUCCCCCUAACACCACCAGAUACACCUCUGAGCCUCGUGGAGGAGGAAAAGAGGUUGGCACAGGUGGAGAAUCGCCUGGUGGAGAAGGAGGAUGAUGUGGUGAGGGGAAUUUUUGGGAUUGGGCGACGUCAUGUGAUGUUAAUAGUUCUAUUGGCGGGUAUUAGUGGAGCAAUGUUUGGGCACAUUUUCCGGGCAAUGCCUGGAGCGCCGUGUGAUUGCACGAGACUUAUUGAGCCACUCAUGAAUAGGGUUUAUGAUCUUGAAAUUGAGAAUGCUCGGCUUCGGGAUGAAUUGAGCAAAUUGAGUCAGAGAAUCUUAUCAGAAACUGCAUCAGGUCCGUCCGUUCAAAGACCAGUAGAGACAGUUGGGAAUGAUGCUACGGUCCAGGGGCAGAAAGUCUGGGCUGGGGAUAGAGAAGAGGCUGUUGUUAAGCCUCUGGUUGAGGAGAGUCUUUGUGGUGGGGGGACAGGAGAUGAUCUUUUUGACGAUUACUAUGGGAAAAUGUGCAGAGAAGCUGAGAAUCGUGUGAAAGAGGCGAGAAAAAUGUUCGAUAAGAUAAAGAUUGAGGAUCCUGGAACGCAAAAGUCUUCCUGGGAGAGUGAUAAGGGGCGAAGGGAACCGGAGCGGUUCCCUGCGAAAGACCGGAAUUGGGAAGAGAGGAAGGGGAAACCGGGAAAGUAUCCGGAGAAAGAUAAGAAUUUCAAGGAUGAUCGAAGGGGUUCUAAAGAAGAUCGAAGGGAUUUUAAGCAAGAUAGGAGGAAUUCUAAAGAGGAUCGAAGGGAUUUUAAGGAAGAUAGAAAGAAUUCCAAGGAGGAUAGAAGGAAUUCUAAAGAAAGAUUCGAUGACAGAAGGAAGAAGGAUGAUGACUGGAGUGGUGAAGAUUAUCGCAAACGCGAUAAAUAUGAGAAAAUGAAAAAGGGAGAGCGAAAGAAUUACGAGGAUUUUAAGGAUAGCAGGGAAAGGAAAGACGGAGACAAGCGAAAGGAGAAGAAAAAUGGCAAAAAGUGGCACGAUGAUGAUGACAGUAGAGAAGAUAGGAGCAAGGAAUUCGAUGCCGAAUGGCACAAUAAGCGAAUGCAGGGACGUGAGCAGUUCAGAGAGAAAGAAAGUGGCGAGAAAAAUAGCAAUUGGUACUUAGAAAGAGGAUCAGAUCGGGAAAUCAAGCGUCUCCAUGUGGAUGAUUCCCAUGAGAGGCGUCGUUAAUUAUCCAGAAUUUCCAGUAUUUCUUUUUUGGUUUUUCCGGUUUUUUCCCCCAUCAGGACAAUUUUUCAGUGCAAACUGGCAGCUUUGAAGGACUUUUUUUUCUACCAAAUCCACAAAGGAUUACCACGAAAAUGAACAGAGUGAACAAUAAUUGUAAAUAUUAUUUUCAGCUUGGAGUGUUAUUGAGAUCAUUUACCUCGUCAAUUGGUAUACUUGUAGAGAGAUUUAUUUACAAAUGAAAAAUAGUGUUUAUUUUGCUAAUUUUUAAUAGAAAUACAAAAUGUGUGAUAUAAUUUACCA